AUGGGAAAAAAAAAAGAUGUAGAUAAUUUCACUAAGACUCAAAUAAUGCAUGACCUUUUAACGUCAGCAAACAGUAAUGGGAAGCUACAACACGGGUUCAUCAACGAAAUUGCGAAGAAGUACGAUUUGCAUAGGAGGACAAUCGGAAGGAUAUGGAGACAGAUUCGUGAUCAAAAAAAACACAAUUUACCAAUUAAUGUCAACAAUAUGAAGUCAUUGACCAACGGUAAAGCUCGAAUCGCCUUUGAUGAAAACAAAUUCAAAUCAAUUGAAAAAGCGAAGAAGACAACCUUAAGAUCACUUUCAAAGGCUAUGGAAGUAAGCUACACCACAGUAUGCAGAUGGAAAAAAAAGAGGUACUUUCGCAAGCACACCAACGCAAUCAAACCGUUACUUACAGACAAAAAUAAACUCGACAGGUUAAUUUUUUGUCUUAGUAGUUGCAUUUUAGAUGAGCAAACAAAGAAUUUCACAUUUAAUGAAAUGAAAAAUGUAGUCCACAUUGAUGAAAAGUUGUUUUACAUUACAAGGACACAACAAACAUUUUAUCUAACUCAAGAUGAAAUAGAGCCUCAUAGAGAAAUCCAAUCAAAAAGAUUUAUCCCCAAGAUCAUGUUUAUGUGUGCCGUUGCAAGACCGAUCUUUUCUAUUGAAGGUGAGAUGAUUUUUGAUGGAAAGAUAGGCAUUUUUCCAUUCACACAUGAAGUGGCAGCACAAAGAAGUUCAAAAAACAGAAAGAGAGGAGAGCCAGAGACCAAACCAAUACAAUCAAUCACUAAAGAACACACAAGAGACAUGAUUGUGCACAAGAUACUACCAGCAAUUAGACUUAAAUGGCCAUCAGAUUUAAGCAAAACAAUUUUCAUUCAACAGGACAAUGCUAAACCACACAUUAUAGAUGAUGAUGAGGUGUUUAGAGAGGUGGCUACACUAGAUGGAUUUAACUUCCACUUAGUGCAACAACCUCCUAACUCACCGGAUAUGAAUGUGCUAGACUUAGGGUUCUUUAGGUCAAUACAAUCUUUACAGCAUCAAAAAUCAGCAUACAACUACUCACAAUUAGUUAAGGCAGUAACCACAUCAUUUGACAAUCUAACACCAAAUGCACUGAAGAAUGUAUGGAUCACAUUGCAAGCAUGUAAAAUUGAAGUUAUUAAGAAACUAGGUGGUAUGGAUUAUGCAAUUCCACACAUGAGCAAAGCAAAACUAGAAAGGGAAGGGAGACUCCCACAUUGUUUGGGGGUACAGCAGGAAACAAUUUACCAGGCACUAAGGUAUCUGGAAACAAAGGUGGAUAAAACUACAUUGGAGGGCAUUUUAUUUUACUUGGGGAUCACAGAAGCAACAUCACAAGCAACAACAGAAAAGCAACAACAGAAUCAACAGCAUAUAUUCCAGCAAGAACAGAAGCAACAACAGAAGCAACACCAGCAUGAACAACAGAACCAUGUAAAUAUGACACACAUGAGUAUACUUUUGGGUUUCCUUUUGUACUCACUUUUGGGUUACAGUGUAAGGCAAAUGUUUAGGUCUAAACAUGAUAGAUACAAUUUGAACUCAUCACAGAUAACCCAAAUCCCAUACCAAUUGCCUCCUACAUCUGGCAAGAACAUAGCCUCCUAA